AGUUUUAUAAUGGCAAGUUUCUGUGUGCAGAAUGGAUACUCUCCAAAGACAUAUGCCAUUUACAGGUCCUGAUGGCACAAAUGAACUUAAAAAGAUUGCUGUGCGAUUUGAAGAUAAGGUUUUUGCAGCUGCUGUGGAUCAGGAAGAUUAUCUGCGCAAAAUAUCUCUCAAGAUGCUAUCACUUAGAAAUCAUGUUUCUCGAGAUGGAAAUUUCUUUAGUGCCAACCAGCUGGCAACAACCACAGUUGAAUCUAAUCCAGCAAGAGCUCAAGCAAAGGCUUGACAUGGAUGUUGCCGCUGCACACUUUGCUGCACUUAGAUGUUGAUGAUGACUAGGAGCCACCUAGUGAGAUUGAGAGUGCUACUACCAAUGAUAGUGCUGGUGGUAGUGCCAAUGUUAGCACUAUUUGUGGUUCUUCUAAUUUACCACAGCAUAGAUUGUCUAAUAUGAAUGAUGAUGAUAUUUUUUAUGAUGCAUAUGAUCUUUGUUCAAUGAUGGCUGAUUGUUGACACUUUGACAUUAUUAUUUUCAAUUUUAAUUUAUAUCAUGACAUUCAUGUUUGACUAA